AUGAUAGAGCAAGGGAUCAUUCGCAAAUCGAAGUCCCCUUAUUGUUCUCCAGGUUUCCAGAUAGAUUGCACCAGCGACAAGUGCAAAAAGGUGGAUCCCACGGUCUAUCAAUCUGUGGUGGGAGAGCUUAUGUGGCUAGCUCUAACAACAAGACCGGACAUACUGCAUUCAGUGUCCAAAUUGGCUCAACGAAACCAAAAUCCGCAUGCUGAGCACAUGGCUGGCAUAAAACACAUCCUAAGGUAUCUCUCGUCCACAGUUGACGUGAAAUUACAUUAUCAGCAAUGUGGUCAAUCGUUCUGUGGAUACGUGGAUCCGGAUUGGGCAGGAGAUAGGCUUGACAGGAAGUCUUACACUGGCUACAUCUACUUGUUGGCCGGUGGUCCAGUUUCUUGGCGUUCAGAAAAGCAGCGAAGCGUGGCGUUAAGCAGUACUGAGGCGGAGUACAUGGCACUGUCAGCGGCUUUUAAGGAGGCGAUAGUCAUGCGAAGGCUAAUUUUGGAAAUUGGCUGCGGAGACGACAACACCCCGAUCGUCGUAUAUGGCGAUAAUCUGAGCGCGCAGGCGUUAACCAAGAAUCCUGUUAACCAUUCCAGAACGAAGCAUAUUGACAUAAGUUAUCAUUUUGUUAGAGAUGUCGUAAAGGAAGGUUAA